UUUUUCUCUAUUUUCAGACGCACCCCUUCAAUUUACACCCCUGCAUGCAGAAAUACGCAGUUCAAAAAAGUGUCCAGAGUAGCUGAAUCGGAGUAGAAGGUGCCAGAGUGCAUGUGACACACAAUAAGCCCUUUGUGUACAACCCUUUAACCGAAAGAAGAAAAAAAAUGUAAACAGCGGCGUUUUGUUUCGCAGUGCAAAAAAGAAUCAUCAUCCACGUCGUGCCCCGUAGUGAAUGUGUGAGUGUGCAUAAUUUUGCCCAGUGCAAGCGUAGUGAUCGAUUGGGUUUCCCCUUCUUCGGUGGAAUCAAGCGAGCCUCCACACAGUCCUCUACAGAGUGGAAGAGCCUCAGUAGCUCAACGCAGCUGUAAUUUUGUGUGUAAAGUGUGUUCGUUCGGGUCUGGUUGUGGAUGUUUGUGGUGAGUUCAGUGAGGCAAAAAUAUCGGAAGCAAAAAAAAAAUUGUAAUCAUUUGGGACGGGUUGUGGAUGAAAAGAAGAAGCACGAAUAGAGAGAAAAAAUAAUAACACGCGAAUCAAUAAUGGAGUGCGCCUGUAGAGUUGUAAUCAACAUGACGACAACGGUAGAUUGCCGACGAUUAUAAGCGGAUCUAAGCGAUUCUGUCAGGUGCGAAGAGUGUAGCAGGUUGAGACCAGUAGCGCAAUUUUGCGCUUAUCGAGCCGGUUGGAUUUCAUUUUUUGGAGGUUUCCGUAACGAGUGAAACCAAUCCACAAGAUGGACAAAUCUUCGGCUGCGGGUGCGGCCUCUGGGCCUAAGGUCUCCCAGAUUGCCAACCUCUUCCAACGGAAGCCGGUAGAACUGGCACCGGAAGUAUCCGCCAAAGAGGUCGUAAGUCAUCCCUCCCCAACGGCAACCGUGGUACGUACGGAGUCCCACGCGGCCCGAUUCAACAACGCCCGAGCACUGUUCGAGAAACUCGGCGAAGGUCGGGUAAAUCGGCCACCGCCAUUCAGUAUUAAGAUGUCACAUUCCAGCAGCAAGGAGGACAAUCUGUCCGAGGUCGGUUCCGAGCAUGAUCGAUCGCCUUCGCCCAAGCGGAGGCACCAUCCAAUCACCAACGGAAUUGGCAAGCUAGAUUCCAAUAGAAUACUAAACCAAUCGAGACUGAAAACUGAAAAACCAGAAAAACCGGAAAAGCCGGAGCGGAAGUUCAACUCGCGGGAGUUGAUCGAGAAGCAGAAGAACUGGACAUCACACUUUUCCAAAACGCGAACCACCAAGGGCGGCAGCGAUUUCAAUCGAUGUGAUAUUAUAAGGACUGUCCCGGGAACGGGAAUCAUACCCGGAGGAAGCAGCGUCACUCCACCGCCUCCGGUCACAACCAAUGGCGAUGCCUGUGUGCAACCUGCCAAAGAAACCAGCAGACCCACCCGUCCAGACCCUCCCCCGCAGCACAGGCUUCAAUCCCCGAGUGAGCCUCCCCCUAGUCCCCCAAAAAGACAGACUCCUCCUCCACCGCCCCCGGAGAAGGGUCCCCGAAACAUUCGUCAGAAUUCAUUUCCAUCGCCCACCAAACUCCCGCCAGCAGUUCCUCCGCACGCGAUCGACCCCAGCUCGCUAAGCCCCACAAAAAUCAGCCCGGAAAAGCUCAAGUCACCACUCCGGCAAGCGGAACCUCCGCCACCAGCCAUUCCAUCCUCCCUACCUCCGGUGGCGCCUCUGCGCAGCAACAAAUCCGUCGACGAGCCGCCGGAAAAAGGCGUCCGGAAAAAGUCCCUCGAAACCACCCUGGACGACCAGACGACGCGACAGUUCAAGUACCCGGAACUGGGUGGCCUCCGGCGGCAGUCCACCGAAAAAGACAGCGGCACCAGCGGGCUGACGUCGCCUGCCCACGCCAUCAGCUCGUCGCCGAGCCCCGGGGCCAGUGCCUCGUCCGGGCCUUCUUCGCCGAUUCACACCGAAGACGAAAAGCAGGAGAACGAACCCACGGAGAAAGCCGACUGCAGCAAGCUGGACGAAGACGAAGGCAUUCCGGCGGAGGAAAAAAGCGGAAAAUCCUCCCGUUCCGAAGACCUCGACGACCAGCACGUUACGCGGCGCAAGAAGGCCUCGACGAGCAUAUGCUUCAAGGUUCCGGCGGCGGGUCUGGGUGCCCGUCCGCCCAGUAUAAUCAGCAGCAGUACCACCACCGACGAGGGCGGUUUCAACGAGCCGUCGCCGGAGAUCAAAGCCAAACUGAAACCGGCGUACGAUUUCGAUGUGGUGGCCCCAGAUUUGCCGGCGUCUCCGCCGAGGAGGCCCGCAACCGGGGCAGCAGCUACUGCCACCACCAAUGGGGACGGGGAGGGAGCACUGCUGGAACCGCUGGUAUCCGGCGGCGAGGAAGAACCCCAGCUCAACUACGCCGAUCUGGGCUACCGGUUACGCCCGGAUGGAACCGAGUGCGACGAAAUCUACGGCGAGGUAGAUCGCUAUCAAAGUGCCAACAGCAGCAGCAGUAUUAUCACCAACAAUAAUAAUCAACCGUUAGACUUAGUAGGCCACGGCGGCACUAGUAGUGUAGACAGUAGAAACGCUAUUAACAAUACCCGAUCUCAUUUGAACAAUACUAACAACAAUCAGCAACUUUCGGAAAUGAUCGCCACUAAUGGCAAACCCGACACUGACGAUGUGCCAAUGGCCGAGAUGGAUCGAGUCCUGUACGCUUCGAUCGUGCCUAAAGCGACCGGAGAUUCGUCCUCGACCAUCGCCAGCAGCGAGCUAGCGUUCAUAGACAUUGAAAAAGAUGAGGCUAAAAUUUUGGACCUGGACGAACUGAGCGAAGGAGGCGCCGAGAAAGGCUACCACAGCCCCCAAACGAUCCUCGAUCCGACGCGGCCUACUUUGAGUGAGUACGACGAGGAUGACUACAGUAACAAAACUUUGCCGGAUCCGCCAUCGCUGAUGUCGAUGCGACCGCCACCCAUCCCGGAAGGGCCACCUCUGGACCUGCAGGAUGUGCAGUACGCCGACGCCAGCGACAACGAGCACGACAGUCUGGUGCUACCGGACGAGAUGACGGCGGACGAGGCCGAGCGGUUACUCAGUUCGAGGGCUGAAAAGGAAGCGAAACCCGUUUCGCACAUACAACAACCACUUCUCUCGGACGAACAAGCCCUCGAAGUGGAGCAGAUCCUGCUCAACAACAAAACCGAAACCGACUCCAAUCGACCGCCUCCACUACCAACACAAUCGCUUCCAACCCCACCGCAGGAAUUUCGUAAAGAACCAGACUCCCCUCCGGCGGUCACCUCAGCGGAACCAACCCCUCCACCUUCGGCCACGGACGAACCGGACUGGCUGAAAGACGUCCUAGAAGCUCCGGUCAAGAAUAACAUCGCUGCCCCACGGGACAAGCCGCCUCCUCCGCCACCGCCGCAUACCGCCGCGUCCAAUGGCCUGGAACCUCCGGCACCGCCCAGUCGCAACAACUCCACUAGUCAGUUCGAGGAGACCGCCAAUUCGACCGAUCUGCUCAACCAAACCAUCCUGGAUUCGUCGUCGAUCCUGCAAGAUUCGUACGUUUCCGGCGAUUCGAUGCCCAGUGUGACCACCUCGGACAGUCUGAACCUGAGCAAACAGGAGGAACAGUUGACGACCAACGAUGCCGAGGCGGACGUUUCGGCAGACGAGAGCAACAACUCCGGGUUUUACAAUGCGGAGUACCCGCCCGUCAAGAGCAAGGAGGUGUUCGUCAACCAGGACGGGGUGCACUUCUUCGAGGAUGGGAACUUCUGGAUGGAAGUUCCGGGUCUGCUGGACUCGGACGAGGAGGAAGACGUCCGGGUGAUCAAGAAGAGCACCAAGGUGAAGUUCAGCACCAAUCCGAUGCAGGUGUUUUCGACGUUUUCGGUUAAUGAUUAUGACCGGAGGAAUGAAGACGUGGACCCGGUUGCGGCUUCGGCUGAGUACGAGCUGGAGAAACGGGUGGAGAAGAUGAACGUUUUCCCAGUGGAGCUGAUGAAGGGACCGGAGGGGUUGGGAUUGAGCAUCAUUGGUAUGGGAGUUGGUGCAGAUGCCGGCUUGGAGAAGCUUGGAAUCUUUGUCAAAACCAUUACUGAUAAUGGUGCGGCCGCACGCGAUGGAAGGAUACAGGUAAACGAUCAAAUCAUCGAAGUCGACGGCAAGAGCCUAGUCGGCGUGACGCAGGCAUAUGCCGCCUCGGUCCUGCGCAACACUUCCGGCUUGGUGCGGUUCCAGAUCGGACGGGAACGUGAUCCGGAAAAUUCCGAAGUCGCCCAGUUGAUCCGGCAGAGCCUACAGGCGGACCGCGAAAAAGAGGAACGGGUCAAACGCCAACUGGAGGACUACCUCCGGCGAAACACGGAAAUUUCAGAAGACUCGACCCUGCCGGUAUCGGCCAAUUCCAGCGUAUCGGAGGGUCCGGUCAGCCCGACAGGAGCGACCGCGGAAUCGCUGUUCGAGACGGAAGCCGCCCGGUCCAGCGAUGUGGAAUCGCUUCGACGGAUACUGCAGGAGAAUCUUAAAACCAUUGCACUGCAUGAGGGCGAUAUCCUUAACCUCAAACAACAGCUCAUCAAGUACCAACAGAACUGUAACGAGGCGGAACUGUUGGCCGAGCGGAUGAAGCACACGGAACGAGAGCUGGCUAACAUCAAAAAGGAAGCGAACAACUACCAGAACAUGCUUCAGCAGAGUCAAGCCCAGUACGUUACGCUGGAGAAGAAGUACGGCCGAGUGAAGAAGAUUUUGCGUGAGUUCCAGCACCGGGAGCGGGAUAUGAUACAAUUCCAAGAAUACUAUCUUCAGCACCUACAAGAGAAGGACACAGAAUACAACGCCCUGGUCAAGAAACUCAAAGACCGAGUGAUUCACCUAGAGCAGGAACUACAAGAAACCCAACGGAAGGCCGGGUUCCCAGUGAUACUGCCAUACGAUAGCACCAGUCUGAAGUUGACCCCGCAAAUGAGCCGCAAGCAGCCACCAAAGCCGGUGUUCCAGAAGCUGGAAACCGAACUGUCCGAUACGGAAUUUUCCGACCUUUCACCCGACGGGGAAGGCGAAGACGGUAAAACGGCCACCGUCGAACGGAAGCUACCCACCCAAAAAGACGACGAACUGGACACGGCUAUACCGCAGCAUGAGCUGUUGGAUAACUCGCUAAACAAAGGCAAAAGCGAUCUGGUAGCCCGCGGCGGCCUGUCCAAGCGAAGUCUUCCCGGAAAGAAGAGCCACAGCAAUAGUGGUUCCGAUUGCGCCUUGGACGAAAGCGAAGAGGAAAUUACCGACUCCACUUCGGUAUCGCACGAGUACACCGGACUUUACAGCACUCCUCAGAUCAUUAACAGGCAGCUAAACAGCGUUAAAAACGGCCAGGAGAACUCCGGCCUUCCGGUGUACGCCCAGGUCAACAAGGAUCGCAGCGAAAAUCAUCACAGCUCCGGACAAACCCAGCACACCACCAUUCCGAACAUCUACCGGAAUCCACCGUCGGACAACAACAAGCUCAACUCCAGCUAUGGAUCCGAUCUCAAUGCUUCCUCCUACGACAGCGAUCUCGGAUCGUCCACCGAUAAGCUCAAAGACAGCGGCGUGUCCAGCGACAGUUGGAUGUACCCCUCGCGGAGGCCCAAAGGACUGAAAGGUAUUACGCCACCGAUGCUGGCGGAACAGCUCAAGGAACGGCUAGCGGAAAGGCGAACUGGGGACGACGGGUCCUCCCGGGACUCAAGCGACGACUACUCCGAAAUUAACCAGCGACACGUUAGCCCUGCCGUAUCCCUUUCGCAGAACCUCCUGUUCGAAAUCAAGAAAGCAGUCAACGAAGCACAGCCAAAAGUGAAAAACAUUCUCCCACAAAAUCUAUCUCCUCCAGGAAGUAGCAGCCCGUGGCAGCAACAGCAGCAGUCGUCGUCGCCCCAAGUGGGCCAAUCGGGGGGGACCGGAUCGCAGGGUCCUCCGUCGCCGUCGAGUGUGUCCAGUGGUUCCACGUCGCCGGGGGCGUACUCGCCGAGCCGAACGCUCGAUCUGUCCGGGUCGACGUCGAGCUUCUCGAGUGAUCGCAUCCGGGACUCGCACCAGUGGAAGAAUGGUCCCGUCGAAGAGUGGUCCAAUGAUCAGGUCUGCCAGUGGUUGCUCGGCAUCAGCAUGGAGGCGUACAUUCCGGCUUUCGUCAAACUCCAGGUCAUGGGCGGAGCAUUGCUCUAUCUGGAACGGACGGACUACCAACUGCUCGGGAUCGAUGGCCAGGACAAGAAGCACAUCAAGCGCAACAUCAAGGAACUGCGGCGGCUCAACGAGAAGGAACGCAAACAGAAGGAAAAGGACCGCCGGGAGCGGGAGAAGCUGAUCAAGAAGGCGGAAAAGAAGGCCGAAAAGGAUCAGAAGAAGAAAAAGUAAAAAAAACGCCAAAAUAGGAGGGGGUGGGUAGUAGAGUAAACCAGUAAGCGGAUAUUGUUUUAUGUGCAUUUAUCUCAUAAACACGUAUAUUGAGGGUAUAGUGGGGAAGGGAAUGAUUUAACUUUGACCCGAAGCGUAGUGGGUUGUUUUGUAUAACAAAAACUCAGUAACAGGAUAAUGCUAUGAUUGUAGCACAGACAGACGCAAAUGUAUAGUUAGUUGAGUGACUUUUGUUUGAUAUUUCCUCGACCUAUUUCUUAUGUUUUUUGUUUAUAGUUUUCUUUUUUUUUUAGUUUUACAACAAAAUUUGUUUGUUAGAUAGCUUGUUUAUAUAGUACUAGUAGUGAUUGAUAGCUGAAGUUAAUUUAUACGGAUAUCAACAAAAAAUAGUAGUACAUACGUAGCAUGAAACAGAAAAUACACAUUGAACACAAACAAUAAUUAGUUGUUAGUCUGCUAGCGAACGGAGAUACCGCUGAGCGGUGGCUCAGCCGCUGCAGAGAUUUUCCUUAUUUCCCGUAUGCAGGGGAUUAGUUGUGUACCAUAUAGUUCUUACGGUAAUAGCAAACCAUGCAAAUAAAAGCAUGCGACAUUUCUUAAUUUGCUUCCCUUCCUAUUUGAGGGAAACUUGUAAUAAGUGUAAAAUUUAUCGUUUUAGUUUAUUUGUGAAUCUAAAUUAUUUAUUUGAAACAAUUCAACAUAUUAACACAGACAUACAUACAAAAACAAACUCACAUUCAUACACACAAAACAAUCAACUUGUAGCAAAUCACAAGAAAAGCCAUUCGUCAUUUUUCGAUAGUCUAGUAGUUUUAUGAAUGAUCGAUAAAAUAAUGCAAAUACAGCAAACAUGGAUAGAUAUGAUACAAAUACUACAACAAAAAACAUUUGUAUUAACGAAAGAAACUGUUAUCCGAAAUACUGUCGUAGUUGCUAGUAGAGAAAGUCUAAUCACCAACGCCACUCAGUUUACACUUUACUUGGUACGAAAAUUCUUGCAAUCAGUUUUUUAAUGUUAGAUUCAGUAGUCAAGUACCUUGAAACUAGAGUGAAUCCAGUAUCUCGCAAGGGUUAUCCGAUGAAAACAUUAAACAAAAAUAUGAAUGAAAAACCAACCUAUAUGUCGGUAUAACGAAGAGACUACGAGCGAGCGCAAAGACAGAAGGCGUGGGCGAGUGUAUCAAUCAGUGCGUGUUUAUCUGUAAACUAUACAUCAUUUUUUGAAAACGGAACGAUACUAGAAUGGGUAUGCUAGCAAGCCCCCAUAGUCGAAAGCAAAAACAAACCAAACUAUUCGAAAGAUUGUAGUGAGAACAAAAGAAUAUGAGAAUAAAAGAAUGAAAAUUA